UACAAAUAUUUACACUAACUUCUUGGGUAUGGCCUCCCAUUCCCAAGCCCCAACCAUUCUCUUCCUUUUCCUCAAUAUCCUAUUUUUUGCUAUUGUUGAUUGUCAACACGCACUUGCCCAAACUCCUUGUACAUGUAUCGAACCCCCUAUCACACCUCCUAGCACAGGAGGUGAAGGUCGACCCCCUGUCCAACUUCCGAACAAUGGUCGAUCCCCUGUACCACCUCCGAUUGGUGGUCGACCCCCUGUCCCACCUCCAGGUAGCAGUCGACCCCCUGUCACACCUCCAAGCAGCAGUCGACCUCCUGUCCCACCUCCAGGUAGCAAUCGACCCCCUGUCCCACUUCCAGGUAGCAACCGAUCCCCUGUUUCACCUCCUGGUACUGUCCGACCCCCCACCCCAUCUCCUGGUAGUGGCCAAUCUCCUAAUUCACCUACUAAUGAAGGUACUAGUGGUAUCCAAACCCCUACACCCCGUAGUAGCCAACCACCUAUCCAACCUCCAAUCCCACCUCCUGGUAAUGGGCGACAACCUGUCCCACCACCAAGUAAUAAUGGUCAAUCCCCAGUCCCACCUCCAGGCAAUGGUCGACCUCCCGUCCCACCUCCAGGCAGUGGCCAACCCCCUGUCCCACCUCCAGGCAGUAGUCGACCCCCAGUCCCACCUCCAGGCAGUAGUCGACCCCCAGUCCCACCUCCAAGCAGUGGUCGACCCCCAAUCCCACCUCCAGGGAGUGGUCGACCUCCAGUCUCACCUCCAGAAAGUGGUCGACCUCCAGUCCCACCUCCAAAAAGUGGUCAACCCCCAAUUCCACCUCCAAACAAUAGCCUACCCCCUAUCCCACCUCCUAAAAGUGACGGUGACAACCAACCUAGUACACCACCUUCACCACCACCUCCUUCUCCAUCUCCACCACCACCGCCACCACCUCCAUCUCCAUCUCCACCACCACCUCCAUCUCCAUCCCCACCACCUCCUUCUCCAUCUCCAUCUCCACCGCCGCCGCCACCACCACCUCCUUCUCUAUCUCCACCGCCACCAUCGCCACCACCACCUCCUUCUACAUCUCCACCACCACCCCCUUCUCCAUCUCCACCACCGCCUCCACCACCGCCAUCACUACCACCUCCAUCUCCAUCCCCACCACCUCCUUCUCCACCACCUCCAUCUCCAUCUCCACCACCACCGUCACCACCACCUCCAUCUCCAUCUCCACCACCGCCAUCACCACCACCUCCAUCUCCAUCUCCACCACCGCCGACACGACCACCACCUCCUCCUGUUAUUCGUACAUGCCCACUAAUAAAACUAAAGUUGACUGAAUGUGCCCUUAUAUUAACUAAGAUAACUCGUGCCCAAGGAACCCUUCGCGAAAUUUUGGCAAAGCCUUGUUGCAGAAACCUUGUUGGACUGGAUGAUCUCCAAGCUAGCGUUUGUCUUUGCGCAGCAUCUCAAAUCAAAGUUUCCAGCAUCCCCAUUGACAAUGUCAAUGUCAAUGCUGCUAUAACUGUUCUUCUCGAGGCAUGUCCACGCAGCCCUACACCUGGUUUCAAGUGCUAAAGAUGUAGCAUGCUUUAGUGUGCUACAUUCUUGGAUGGAAUGAUAUGUAGAGUCAACACAAAAAUAUAUGAAUAAUUGAGUUUAACGGUCCAUAUAAUCAUCUAAACUCUUUUCGUGAUUGCGUGUAUUUUCAUCAUAAUAUUUAUAUAAAUAGAAAAAUUUGUGAAGAUAUAUGGCAAAGUAUGACAUCCGUGUUUAUUACGAUGAUUUUAAUU